AGCCAGUUCAGUUGAACGACGCACUCGCAGCGAACCGAUCGCAGGACCGGAACCAAAAAGCGGAAUAUACCUUACAGAUAAAAGUUACAAAACCUCCCAGUGACAUCAUGUGCAAGAGUGUGAUUAUUUUCCUGGCCAUCGUGGCCUCCAUUUCGAUGGCUCUAGCCCAAACUGCAACCCCACAAACCUGUGCCCAAGCCCCUAGCAUUAGCUUCAACAAUACGGAACUGAGUGGCAGGUGGAUCGAGUUGGCCCGCAAUCCAGCCUCGAAUGUGGCCUGCAUCACCCUGAACGUGGCUAUCUGGAACAACUCGAAUGUGCUGGUCAAUGUCAGCCAUUCGAGCAACAACCUCUCCACCCUGGUGGACGUCUAUGAAACGGCGAACAUCACUCUAUCUGCGAGCAACAACCUGGUCGGCUACAAUGUGUCCUUGGUGAAUGGCCAGAAGAACGAGUAUGUGUACGUCAAGCUGCUGAGCUAUGUGAACUCCACGUACCUCGUGGGAUGCAGCUACACGGAUGCGAACAACGCAUCGACCAGUGCUGGAUUUAUUCUGGGCAGAUCGAAUUAUACCACCCAGGGCAUUAACAAAGCCAACAAUGAUGCCUCCACGAGCUUUACCAACUUCCAGAACAACACCUACGGCAAUGUCACGCAGUUGGAUUGUCGUGCCAGUUCUGCCGGACAGACUGUGCCCCUGACCCUGAUUUCAGGCUUCCUCGCCUUCGUCCUGCUGCUGAUCAAGGCCUAAGAAAAGGAGAGAUGUAACCUACUUACCAUCCAUAGAAAAAAAAGAAGAAAAAUAACCAAACCAAAACCAAAACACUUGCCUAAGUUAUUGCGUCAUUCUCUUUAUUUAGUUUUUAGUUGACUUUAACGGCAAAACGAUGUCAAUAAAAGUAAACCGAAGUGGGUGAGGGCCCGUAAAAAGAAGUCCCACUGAAAAGAACAAAACUCGAUAAAGGUGUUGUACAGACAGCAGACGAAAAUCAGGUGUCUCAAUACUCCGCUGCAAUCAGCGCUUUAAUUUGCUGGCAACUUGUUCGAAGGUAUGCGUGAUAAGAUAAACGUAAGCGAUAGCGAAAUAUAUGACUGUGCCACCA